UUCCAGCGUCUUGUCUCGCUGUACCGGCCGAUCUCCCCAUUCUCCCCUCUUCGCCGGUCCCACCACCGCGCCGAUCCUGAUGGCCUCCGCCGCCUCAUCGGCCGUCGGCGCUGGCAAAUCGCUGUUCCAGGGGCUCCGCAGGUUCCUCAAGAAGCCGUGGGAGAUCACAGGCCCCUGCGCCUCUCCCGAGUACCGCAGCGCGCUGCCUGGCGCGCUCGAGUACCGCGUCAAGUGCCCGGCCACCGUGCGCGACGACCGCGACAAGGCCAUCGUGCCCACAUCCGAUCCGGAGACAGUCUACGAUAUCAAGUACUUCACCCGCGACCGCCGCCGGAGCCGCCCGCCCGUGCGGCGCACCCUACUCCGCAAGCCCGAUCUCGAGAGCUACAUGGCCACCAAGCAGUUCGACCCCACCAAUGACUUCCCCGUACCAUACGUCAACACCACCGUCGAGGAGGAUGACAACACUGUCGGCGGUGGCUACCAGAAGUGACUCAGGAAAGCUUGCUGGUUAAUUUGGUAGGUAUCCUUUGAUUGGACUUCAUCAGAAGCGGCACUAUUUUCAUUCCAGCUAUUAAAUAUCCCCUUUUCUUUUGUUCCUAGUGGAAGUUUUUUGGAUGUAAAAGAUGACGGUGUCAAAUAAUAUGGCACCUGUGGAGCUCACAGGAUGCACAUAUCUUGUAAAUUGUAUUCUAAAACUGUCUACCUGAUACCAUUGUUACUGUUUAAUGCAAAAUUUAAGGUUUC